AUGGCGGAAGACGCGAAAUCGGAACUCGAGACGCAAGACAUAGUGUUAAUUACGGUGACAGCGAGGAUUCCCGAGUUUUGGACCGACCAGCCUGCACUUUGGUUCAUUCAGUUCGAAGCCGCUGUGGCUCCGCAAAAAGCUUCCGACACAGCUAAGUAUCAGCUUCUUAUUGCCAAGCUCGGCAAGCAAGUGAUCCAGCAGAUCUCAAAAAUACUGGAAAGUCCGCCAGAGACCGGCAAGUAUGAAGUCGUCAAGGAGCGAUUACUACAUAUUUACGAAGAAUCUGAGACGAACCGCCUACAGAAACUCAUAGGCGACAUGCAGCUGGGUGAGCAGAAGCCUUCACAACUCUGGCGACGAAUGACUACCCUCGCAGGUAGUCGGAUGGCAAAGGAGACACUUCUAGUAUUGUGGCAGAAUCAUCUACCGGUUGCCGUGCGUACCGUGUUAGCAGCUACGUCAUUGACAGACGCGGAAAAGCUAGCGGAAGUAGCCAACAAGGUCAUGGAAACGAGCAGACCACUAGAAGUAGCAGCUGUAACACCAUCGAGCAACUCCAGCAGUUUAGCCGACGCGGUAGCCAAACUGUCUUUAGAAGUACCGGAGAUUAGGAAGUGGAGACACAGAGAAAAAUCCACCCUUUUCUAUUGCAUGUAUUAAGUAGCUUAUCUUCUACGCAGAUGGGACUGCGCAAGAAGCAGUCGCCGGAGGCGUAGGUGGUGAUGGUGUAGCUGUAGACGGUACUACUGGAGUUACGAGUGCUGAAGCUGGAGGUGGAGGUGGUGAUGGCACAGCUGCUAUUCGGGA